AUGUUUGAUACGGUCUGCACGCUCCCGCUCUCGGCGGACCUGUUCACUCAGGCUAUCCACCCUAAAGAGCCCGUGGUCUCCGUCGGGCUGGCCUCGGGCCAUGUCCAGACUUUCCGACUGCCGUCGGAGGAAGCUGACAGUGAUGAUGAUGGAGAUUCAAAAUCGACUGCACGGAAUGGAAAGGGUCACAUUGACACAAUGUGGAGAACAAGGCGGCACAAGGGAAGCUGCCGGUGUCUAGGGUUUGGCGUCGACGGGGAAUCAUUGUAUUCCGCUGGCACGGACGGAUUGGUGAAAGCUGCCAAUUCUGCGACUGGGCAAGUGGAAAACAAGAUUGCAAUUCCACUCGAGAAGGACGGCUCCGUUGACGCCCCGACCGUGAUCCACGCUCUCUCCCCGCAAACGCUUCUGCUGGCCACCGACUCGAGCGCUUUGCACCUCUAUGACCUCCGGGUUCCAUACUCGCGCGUGUCGGCGCGGCCCGAGCAGUCGCACCACCCGCACGAUGACUACAUUUCGUCUCUGACCCCGCUGCCGGCAUCGGACACCAGCACCUCGGGCUUCAGCAAGCAGUGGGUGACGACGGGUGGCACAACUCUGGCGGUCACGGAUCUUCGACGAGGGGUCCUGGUGCGCAGCGAAGACCAGGAAGAAGAAUUGAUCAGCUCGACCUACAUGGGCGGCUUACCGUCAAACGGGACUAGCCGCGGCGAGAAGGUGAUUGUGGGAGGCUCCAGCGGCGUCCUGACGCUCUGGGAAAAGGGCGCAUGGGACGAUCAGGACGAGCGGGUUUAUGUCCACCGCGGUUCGGACGGCGGUGAGUCCAUCGAGGCGCUGGCAGUUGCCCCUGACCUACUCGGCAAAGGCAAGCUGGUCGCCACCGGUCUCGGUAACGGCAAGGUGAAGUUUGUGCGCAUCGGGCCCAACAAGGUCGUUUCGGAGGUCAUGCACGACGAAACCGAGGGUGUUGUCGGCCUGGGAUUCGAUAUCGAUGGACGUAUGGUCUCUGGUGGUGGUCAGGUUGUGAAGGUCUGGCACGAGGCUCUCGAUGAUAUGGAAGGUACCGGUGAUUUCCCCGGCAAGCACAUGCUCGGCGACAGCGACGAUAGCGACGAUUCCGAUAGUGAGGGAGGCAAUCGUCAGGACGCCAAGGACCGCAAGAAGCGCAAGCGGGUCAAGGGCAAGGACCGCAGUGGAGGACAGCAUGUCAUGGCCUUCCAUGAUCUGGAUUAA